CAAAAAAAAACCCAUAAACAAAAAACAAGCUCCUCAGUCUUUUUGUUAUUUACAAAUUCGCCCUAAGUCAAAGCUCCAGUCCGCCCCGGAUGGACUUCUCCUCCGCCGAUAGCGGCGGCGCGUCGCUCCCCUCAUCAGGGACCGAUGCGAAGAAGCGGCGCGUGUCGUACUUCUACGAGCCUACAAUCGGCGACUACUACUACGGACAGGGCCAUCCCAUGAAGCCCCACCGCAUCCGCAUGGCCCACAACCUCGUCGUCCACUACUCCCUCCACCGCCGCAUGGAGAUCAGCCGCCCUUUCCCGGCGGAGGCUUCGGACAUCCGUCGCUUCCACUCGCCGGACUACGUCGACUUCCUGGCUUCCGUCAGCCCGGAGACGCUCCACGACCACACUCACGCUCGCCACCUCAAGCGCUUCAACGUCGGCGAGGACUGCCCGGUCUUCGACGGGAUUUUCAAGUUCUGCCAAUCCUCCGCCGGCGGAUCCAUCGGCGCCGCCGUGAAGCUUAACAGACAGGACGCCGAUAUAGCCAUCAAUUGGGCGGGGGGAUUGCACCAUGCCAAGAAGAGCGAGGCCUCCGGCUUCUGCUACGUAAACGACAUCGUUUUGGGCAUUCUAGAGCUUCUCAAGUACCACAGGCGUGUGCUAUAUAUAGAUAUUGAUAUUCACCACGGAGAUGGAGUCGAAGAGGCAUUUUUCACCACUGACAGGGUAAUGACAGUCUCUUUCCAUAAAUUUGGGGACUUCUUUCCCGGCACCGGACACAUCAAAGACAUCGGCGUGGGCCCCGGGAAAUACUAUGCCGUCAAUGUCCCGCUGAACGAUGGAAUGGAUGAUGACAGUUUCCGAAGCUUGUUCCGUCCCAUAAUCCAAAAAGUCAUGGCGGUGUAUCAACCGGAUGCUGUUGUUCUUCAGUGUGGGGCAGAUUCAUUGGCCGGUGACAGGUUGGGGUGCUUCAAUCUCUCUGUCAAAGGUCAUGCUGACUGUCUUCGUUUUCUAAGAUCUUUUAACGUUCCUCUAAUGGUUUUGGGCGGUGGAGGGUAUACUAUUCGGAAUGUUGCGCGUUGUUGGUGCUAUGAGACAGCAGUGGCGGUGGGGGUUGAGCCUGAUAAUAAAUUGCCUUAUAAUGAGUACUAUGAAUAUUUUGGUCCUGAAUAUACACUUCACGUCGAACCAAGCCCCAUGGAGAAUCUGAACUUACCGCGAGACUUGGAGAAGAUCAGGAAUAUGCUGCUUGAACAAAUAUCUGAAUUGCCACACGCUCCAAGUGUGCCAUUCCAGACAACACCUUCCACAGUUGAAGUCCCGGAAGAGAGAGAAGAUGACAUGGAUCAAAGACCUAACCCUAGGAUAUGGAAUGGCAACGAUUGUUCCUCGGAAGGGGAGGAAGAUGAUGACAAGCCCAUUCGUCUACGAAGUAGUAUCAAUUCAAAUGCACCCCCCAAUGAAAACUCUAAACUGAGGGACUUGUAUAGCGGAAUAAACGAUAAAGAUAUGGCCGACUCCGAUAAUUAGUCCUUUGGGUAACAUUUUUAGACGAUCACUUAUUCACCGAGGGCUCAUUUCCCAUCUCACGGGAAACCCUUUUCGCUAUGAGACUUCUCCCCCCACUCUAGGGAGAUCUGUGGUGGCUGAACCCCUCUCUCCACCAAGUUUGAGAAACUGCAGAAGUAAAUAGGUAAAGAUGUUGGAAGUCUUAAAAUUGGAACCUUUGACUUACUU